GGACAUUUUAAAAUAAACAUUUAGCUAAAUGCUAACAGAGUGCUCGCGCAGGUGUGAGCCUACUGCCCCAGAAAAAAAACACGUUCAAAUCGGUUCCACUUGUUAGAUUUUAAUGAACGGUGCUUCACAUGCCAUAGAGGGAUCUAACAGCCGAAGAUGUCAAGAAGUUUGAUUCUGGGAAAUAAAGAGCAUUAACACCGUGGUGAGUGAGUGCUGAUCUCAGCACCUUGGUCCAUGUUUGCUGGACCAUAGGGCAUUGUGCUAUACUAGCCUGAAGAUGGCUGAUUCAGAGAAGGCAGAGGAAUUUGUUGAUGCAGAGUGUCCCUCUGAGUGCCUUGAUGAAGCACAGUCGGCCUCCGCAUCCGCUCAUGGAGAUCAGGAUGAACAUUUAAAAACGGAGACUACGACAAGUACCAGCUCCCCUCUGAGGGAAAAGGAGGCAGACAGCCCCUUUCACACGGAGGGUGAGCAGAGUCUCCUCUCCAUGCCAUGUCUGAUGAAGGAGCUCCGCAGAGACUCUCCGGAAUCCCAGCAGGCCUCUACGGGGAGUGAAAAACCUGUCUCUCGCCAUAUCUACGAGAGCGACUCAUCUAACCCCUGCAUGCUCUCCCCCUCGUCCAGCGGCCACCUGGCUGACUCGGACACGCUCUCCUCGGGAGACGAGGGUGCUGCUCCGGCGGUGGGAGAGGAGGGAGAAGCUAAAAUGGAAGCUGCGGAUGAUCCCAGCAAGGAAGCAGAAAAACAAACGGCCGCUUCAGCAGCUGUGGGUAGCGGGAGGAAAUCCCGGCGAUCGCGUUCAGAAAGCGAGAAUCCGCCCAAUGCCAUGGCGGCGAAGAAGAACCGUUGCCAGCCCGCAGCAGUGGCAGGAGCAGGAGGCUCGGAGAAACAACUCAACGGCAAGCAGGCCAAAGCGAAAGGUCACCGGAGUCAGAAACACAAGGAGCGCAUGCGUUUGCUGAGGCAAAAACGUGAGGCGGCGGCACGAAAGAAAUACAACCUGCUGCAGGACAGCAGUACCAGUGACAGCGAGCUCACAUGCGACUCCAGCACCAGCUCCUCUGACGACGAUGACGACGACACCUCAGGAGGCAGCAAGACAAUCAAGACAGAUAUUCCAGACGGGCCUCCAGUAGUGGGUCACUAUGAUAUUUCAGACACUGAUUCUAACCAGGAGAGUAUGAAUGUGGAGAAAGUCCGGCCCAGCGUCAUAAAGCAUGAGCUAGAAACACACAGAGGCCAGGAUAUGGCAGCUCGCUCCGGGUGUAUAAGAACCAUGAGCUCAAUCGCAGGCCACACGGAGGUGGCUCACAACAAGGACAGUUGUCAACACAAGGGCCAGAUUAACAUCGCCUCCUCGGACAGCGAGGUGGAGAUUGUGGGCGUUCAGGAGAAAGCUCGAUGCGCUCAUCCUUGUGGGGGUGUGAUCAAGAGCUUGUCUUCUUGGAAGGAGAACUCGGUGGAGCAAUCGCACGGCCCAAACCAUCCUCAGCUGUGGACUUCUGUUUCCCCUCAGUCCAACUGGGUGUCCCCCCCGGAGGUGGUGGACCUCACGCUGGACGAGGAGAGCGGACACAAAUACUUACCUUAGUCGACCUCUCACACGCCCAUCUUCCCCCUCCUCCUCCUCCUCCUCCUCACCCUUUGCCUCCAUGUUAAGGCUGCUCCUGGACUCCUAAGUCGUCAUGUAUUUCAAAGCCAUUUUAUUGACGUGAUUCCCUGUUAUCAUUUUAGUGUGUGGUUACACAGCACAGCACUUGUGAGCUGCAGGAGUGAUUUCUAUUUUAGAUAGCCAUACCCUCCCUCGGAUGUCUUUUGUGUGUUUGUACCGUGGAAAAACCAUAAAAGUUGCUGCUGGAGAGCUCGGUCAGUAUGACAACAUGGCGCCUGGCCCGCUCCACUACAGACUCUUUUCAUAACAAUACGUAGAAGUCUCGCCACUGGGUUCACGUUUUACAUCAGGCUUUUUGCAGGUGGUCCACGUUUGGCGCUGCUGCUGCUGCUUUGGUUCCAAAAAGUACUACAAUCUUGAGUAGAGCACACGCCGUGUGUCGUCAACUUCUCCGCCACGCUGACGCAAUUUGAGUGCGCGAGUUGAGUGUGAAUGUACGAGACGCGUUUUUACCUGUAUUGAAUGAAUGCAACACAAAAAAAACUGCUCGAAAGAAAUGUAUCUUCCACUCAAUACUGCAUAACGACAUGUCCUGAUUGCCUUGAAAUGUGCACUGUGUUCCUUUGAAAUUCUUUUUAUCCAGUAAAGCAGUGACUUUUGCUGUCUUGACAAUGACUAUUUUAAUAGUAGAGGUCAUUGACUUAUAAAAGAGACUACAUUAAGAGUAAGGGUGGAUUUGUGGAUCAUCUUUUGUCACCUUGACAUUCUACAUUGUCCCCCCCCCCCCGCCGGUGACAUUUUAUUAGCCACGUUUUCUUUUUCGUUGAUAGUUUUUCUGAGUCGUAUGGUUACUUGAGGAUAGUCGAAAUGUGGACGUUUACUCUGCUGGUUACAGAAAGGGAAAAAAACUCUUUUUAAACCAAAGUAAAAAUCAUUUAUAUUCUUGUUUAAUUUGGUCUAAUCGCAUUCUUUGGAAUCAGUUGGACCCUUUGUGAUAUUGUUGCUGUCCAUCCUUUUCAUUGGACAGUAACAAUGCCAGGUCACUUUUUAAAAUGUAUCUAAGCACCAAUGCUUUUUUAACGCCACCGACACAACUUUUCCUUUUAGCAUCAUUUUAUUUGGGCUUUGGUUGACAUAACACAGGAGGGCAUUGCUUAAGACAUGGCUCUUCCACAUAGCACGUUUGCCCUCGACGUUACCCUCAGCACUGAUCAUUUAACCUUCCUUCUGUUGCUUUUUCAGUGUCAGUAUUUUAAAUUAACAAAACCUGUUUAUAUUUUGUCGCUUCUGCAAGACCUUCCUUUAACUUAUGUCUGUAAAACAAAAAAAAGACUAUUUUAA